AUGAAGCUGACAGACUUUCCAAACGAGAUUCUCAAGAAUGUCGUCGCCAACAUUCCCCUCAACAGCGACCUAGCAAGAGUCACGCUUGUGUCACAUCGUUUCAAGAACCUCACCGAACCCCUCCUCUACCGCAUCGUUCACCUGGACGCGGAGCCACUCGAGGAAUGUCCAGUAGGAUUCAUACCCACCCUCAAGCGGACAGACCAACUCAUCGCAACCCUGAAAGCGCGUCCGGAACUCGGCAGAUACACCACCGCCUUCUCCUUGAGAGUCACCCACUUUCCCUGGUACCACAGCUAUCCCCAGAUCAGCAUCAUCCGUCGCAUGCCGGGACUGCGCAAGCUUUCAUACGACCCACCCGCUAUUCAUGGCGGUGGUACCCCCACUGAAUGCAAGGACCUCACGGCCCAACGGUUCGAUUUCAGUCAUGUCACGAACCAUUAUAACGCAAAUGGUGGCCGCCUGUGGUUGGAACUUGGCGUCCCCUUGGAGAUCGUAGCCAAGCACCUUUGGGGGCCAUCGGUACGGAAGGUACAGGCCGAGAAGCUCUUCUUCACGGAUAAAUUCGAGCUUGAGAAAUGUCUUGAUCAGCGUCGAAUCCGUGCUGGUCUUUCGGCUGUGGAGGACCUUCGAUUCCUGAAUUGCUGUCCGCGCAUCCAUGGCGAUUCUGUAACGGCAUUCCUAAACGCUGUCAUACACUUGAGAUGCUUCGUUUUCGAGAUCAAAUCACCUUGGGAGCCUCUGAUGGUGCCCAACGACCCGGCACACGAGAUUGAUCUCAGACCCGCACUGCUAGCCCAUCUAUCAACAAUCGAAGAACUUGCACUCUCUACAACGGGCCAUGCUCUCAGGAAUUACCAACCGGUGCAGUCUCCUGGUUCAUUCGUCCAGUGGACCGCCCUCAAACGGCUAGCGGUGCCUUAUGCCACGCUGUCUCACGCCAUGUUGCAUGAAGUCCUACCACCACAGUUGGAAGAGCUCCAGCUCGAAAGGCUGAAUUGCUGCGAGGAGAAGCCAGCCGGCCCGGAGGAUGAUCUCGUGUUGUUCCGGGAGCUUGCGAAGAAUAAGGAAGUGUGUGUGCCUGGGCUCAAACGUCUAAUCUGGUGGCUCCAGCAUCCCUCCGCACAAGAUCCCAACGACCAUAACUUAUUCCAAUUAUCCGUUGUUGAGGGGUUGGGGCUGGAGACAUUCAAGAAUGUGGGCGUGAGGUUUGAGUGGAUCUCAACACCCUUUUUCAAGGACACACCGUUUGGUCAACGACUAUACGAGUGGUGA